AUGCCGAUUCCUAAGGGCGACACUCGCAUCAGGCUCCUUAAAACCGCCUUUGUCAUCUACUAUCACGCCGACCUUGCCAAAGCGAGGCAGUUCCUAUUGGAUUUUGGACUGUCAAUAGUCGAGGAGCGCCAUGGCGAGGAAAUAUUCUUCGCAGGAUACGGCUCCGAACCAUAUGUCUACGUUGCAAGGCAAGCGAAAAGCACCAGCGAAUUUGGAGGUGCCGCAUACGAAGUUGAGAGCCAUGAGGAGCUCGAACGUGCAACCAAAGUUCCCAACGCGACUACAAUCUUCGAAUUGGACGGUCCUGGUGGUGGGGAAUCUGUGGUUUUGACAGAUCCUGCGGGCCAUAAGGUGCACCUUGUCUACGGUCAGGGACCGAAGCAGCCAGAGGAUCCAAAUUUGGAAAAGCUCACAGUGAAUUAUGAGUACGACAAACCCAGAAAAGGCCGCUUUCAGAGAUUUGAGCAUCGCCCAGCACCAGUGUAUCGCUGGGGCCACUACGGUGUUACCUAUCCGGAGGGCUUGUACCAGGAAAUGUAUGAUUGGUACGCCACCACUUUGGCGUUGGCACCAUCAGACGUUGUGGAACUGGGCGGCAAGCCCAUCACCUGCUUCUUUCAUAUCGACAGAGGUCUAGAGUUCACAGACCACCAUGCCUUUUUCUUCAAGAGAACCAAGCCCGGCCAAAAGCCAAGCGUUGCUCAUGCGGCUUUUGAAGUUCAUGAUUUUGAUAUCCAGCAAUUAGGUCAUCAACACCUGGCAGCAAAGGGAUAUCGUUCGUGCUGGGGAGUGGGCAGGCACGUCUUGGGUAGUCAAGUUUUUGAUUACUGGUUCGACCCAAGUGAAUUCGUACUGGAGCAUUACGCUGAUGGCGACCUGGUGAAUUCUGAGACUGAGGUCGCCCACGUACCAGCCGGACCAGAGGCACUUUACGUCUGGGGCCCGCCGAUUCCAGAAACCUUUUCCUAG